GAAGAUGAAAGAAGAUUGUCCGCCCAGCUCCUAUGUGCCUGUCAGCGACAGCAAGUCCAUUCUGAAAUCGGAGCUCUUAAGCCUGCUGAAGACCUACAACUGCUACCAUGAGGGCAGAAGCUUUCAGCUGAGACACUGUGAGGAAGAAGGGGCUCUGAUCAUCGAGGGGCUCCUCAACAUCGCCUGGGGACUCCGGCGGCCCAUCCGGCUCCAGAUGCAGGAUGACCGGGAGCGAGUGCACCUCCCCUCGGCCUCGUGGACACCUGGACAGCCCAGCUGCCACCCAAAGGAGCCAUCUCCCCAGGACAAAAGGGUCACCACUGAGGAGCCAGGGGCCCAGCUGGUGCCCAAGGUUGAGAGUUCCAGAGACAGUGCAG